CCGAGGUUGUUCGAAGCCUUGAGGGUGCCCAGUGAAUCUCAAAGAUCAAUCCCAAUUCCCCACACAAAGUCACUCAGAAGACUCAUCGUCUCCUCCCAACCAUUUCCUUCCCUGUCGAUAUCGAAUCUACAAGCACCCACUCAGCCAGGAUCUUCCACACAGAGAAAGAAGGGUGGGUUGGGCCAGUCGCAUUGAUACUGAAUCAUCAUCUUCAAUCAAACGCAAGAGAAGAGAAACCCAAAGAAGACAAAGAGAUAAAAAAAAUCCAAACAUCUCAAUCUCACCUAGUUCUACCAUCAUUUGGUAGGUGAGAGAGCGAGAAGGAAGAAGGAACGCAUAGAGAGUCACACCGAUAGAUCACAAGGAAGAAGCGAUCAUCGGUCUCCGCCGGCAAACCACACAGCUUACAGUGCUUCUUCAAUCGGGUAUUACUCAUUAAUCAAGUGGGUAUCUCUCUGUCUUGGAUUUUUUCCAUUAACCCUCUUCCCUCUUGUUGUUAUGCAUGCAAAGGGAGUAUAGUUUCAGAAUCAGAAACGCAUGGGGCAUAAGAAGCGAAACCCCGCUCCACGCUCCAGACCUUCUGCCGCUGCUACUGGGAUUGCUCCGGCGGUAGCCUCUGAUGCCGCCACCGUUUCCGCCGAUGGUAUCGUUGAAGAUGACCUCUCGCCAAAUCAUGGUGCUUACGAUGAUUCUCAUCCCGAGCAUACUAAAAUCGAAUCCUCCGCCUCAACCGAAUCGGAUGCUUCGUCCUACUCUGCUGUCAAGCUCGAAUGCGAGCGAGCCCUUAAUGCUCUCCGCCGUGGGAACCAUACCAGGGCCCUAAGACUGCUGAAAGAAUCGUGCCUCCGCCACGAGGGUUCUUCUCUACUUUACCGCGUCCAGGGCACUGUCUGUGUUAAGGUGGCUUCCCUAAUCGAGGACCCCAAUGCCAAGCAGCGAUAUCUUAAGAACGCAAUUGAGUCUGCUCGCCGUGCCGUUUCACUCUCUCCCAACUCCAUUGAGUUCGCCCACUUCUACGCCAACCUGCUCUACGAGGUUUCCAAUGACAGUAAGGGUUAUGAAGAGGUUGUGCAGGAGUGUGAGCGCGGUCUCUCGAUUCAGAAUCCGGUCGAUCCCGGGAAGGAGAGCUUGCAAGAUGAGAGUCAGCAGAAGUCGUCUAGUCCCGAUGACCGGAUCGCCACCGUCCAGCAGGAUCUUCGCGCUCUAAUUCAGAAGGCCAACAUUGCUUCGAUUUCUACGUGGAUGAAGAAUCUGGGCAAUGGGGCCGGUGAGGAGAAGUUCCGUCUCAUCCCAAUGAGGCGGCUUCCUGAAGAUCCUAUGGAAGUCAGGCUGGUCCAGACCAGGCGGCCUAAUGAGAUAAAGAAGGUAACUAAGACACCCGAAGAAAGGAGAAAGGAGAUUGAGGUACGUGUUGCUGCUGCAAGGCUGUUGCAACAGAAAUUUGAUUCUCCGGAAUCCCAGAAUGAGGACGAGAGGGCUCCGGAAUCGUCUUCGGGGGUUCAUCGACUGGGAGAGCGUCGUAAGUAUGCUAAUUUGCGGAAGAUUGCCUCUUCUGCAGACAGGAUGGAUCAAAUACGAUCUUAUUGGAACUCCAUGACUCUUGAUAAGAAGCACAGUUUGCUAGAAGUGAGUGUUCGUGAUGUCAGGACUUAUUUCAGUUCGUCCAAGGAUGGUAUGGCAUCAGAGAUCUUAUCAGAAGCGCUCGCUUUUGCCGAGGCCAAUAAGACAUGGAAGUUCUGGAUGUGCUGCCGCUGCAAUGAGAAAUUCAUAGACUGCGAAUCACAUAUACAGCAUGUUGUGCGGGAACACAUGGGAAACCUCUCUCCCAAAUUGCAGUCCAUCUUGCCGCAGGAAGUUGACACUGAUUGGGUUGAUAUGCUUCUUAAUGGUUCAUGGAAACCAGUGGAUGCCUCUGCUGCAUUGAACAUUCUUGAAAAUCAGUCAAAAUGCCAGCCCUAUAAUCUUGUUGAUGGUUCAGAUAUCGAGUAUACAGACAGGAAUAAGGAGGAUUCCAUUGCUGACAAUUGGUGCUCCAACAAUAAAUGGGAUUCUUUCCCCGAUAAUGAGAAGCCACACCCAUUGGAAGAUGAAUCCAGAACAGGGGAUAUCUGCAAUGGAAGUCAUGUGGGCAGUAUGAACCAUGACGACAUUCCCAACUAUGAAUUAAGGGUUAUCGAUGGAAACCAGUGGUCUAAGGAAUAUUCUCUUUCACAGAGUUGGCCGUUGUCUGAUGAUUCUGAGCGUGCAAAACUCCUUGAGAGAAUACAUGGCAUGUUCCAGUCGCUUCUGAGACAUAAGAAUCUUGCAGCUAGCCAUCUUAACAAGGUGAUACAAUAUACCAUGGAGGAGCUUCAGGGUAUUGCUCCAGGUUCACGGCUUUUGAACCAUGGCUUCGACCAAACACCUCUCUCUAUCUGUUUCCUGGGAGCCUCCCAGCUUAAAAAAAUCCUCAAAUUCUUGCAGGAUAUUUCUCAUUCUUGUGGCUUAGGAAGAUAUUCAGAGAAAACUACAGAUGAGUCAUGCAGUGGCACUCCGGGGUGUGAAAUCAAGGAGAGGAUUGUUCUAACUGGUGACUCAUCUUCUCUCCUAUUGGAUGAACGCUUACUGCGUGGUGAGCUUACUCCCAGCACAUACGAUGAUGCUUCAGCAGAUGAUGGUGUUGCCACAACUUCUCUUGUUGUUGGUGACCGUGAAGAUGGGGGACUGACUGACAGUGAUGCUUUAUUAUCAUGGGUAUUUACAGGUCCAUCGUGUGAAGAGCAAUUGGCAACUUGGACACGCCUGAAAGAAGAGAAAACACAACAAUGCAUGGAAAUUCUCCAGAUGCUAGAGAAGGACUUCUAUCUCUUGCAGAGCUUGUGUGAGAGAAAAUGUGAGCAUUUGAGUUAUGAAGAAGCUUUGCAGUCAGUUGAAAGUCUUUGUCUUGAAGAACUUAAGAAAAGGGAGCAUGUCACAAAUUUUGUUCCCCGUAGUUAUGAAACCAUCCUGAGGAAGCGGCAAGAAGAGCUUGUUGAGACGGACAAUGAUGUGAUGUUUGUAAGUAGUAGGUUUGAGUUGGAUGCUAUAUCAAAUGUUCUUAAAGAAGCACAAAAUCUUACUGUUACUCCAUUUGGGUAUGAGGAAAGUUUGACGGGAGUGGGUUCUCGUUUAUGUGACUUGGAAAGUGGUGAAGAAGAUGAUUGGAGAAUGCAGGACUACAUGCACCAAGCAGAUCCUUGCAUUGAGAUGGGAAUUCAGAGGCAGAAAGAACAGUUGUCUGUUGAGCUUAGUAAAAUUGAUGCAAGGAUUAUGAGGAGUGUCACUGGCAUGCAGCAGUUGGAGCUUAAGCUUGGGCCUUUCUCAGCAUAUGAUUACCGGGCAAUUAUGUUGCCUCUUGUGAAGUCGUUCAUGCGGUCGCACUUAGAGGAUCUGGUGGAUAAAGAUGCUGCAGAGAAGUCUGAAGCUGCUAGAGAAGCUUUUUUAGCAGAGCUUGCACUUGAUGCCAAGAAGAAUGCCAACAGAGGAGGUGACCACUCAAAACAGAUGCAGGAGAGAUCGAAGGAUAAGAAAAAGAACAAGGAUUACAGAAAAGCUAAGGAUUUUAAGGCUUCUAGUGGUAGUGAGCGGCUUCUCCUUAAUCAGGAAAUUGAUGAACAAAUUUGCUCUCCUGUUGCAUCUGAUGAAAAUCAUCCAGACCCUGAGAUUGCUAUUUCUGUAAGUAGUGAUGACUUGAGGCAACAGGAAGAGGAAUUUAGACGUAUUAUUGAGCUUGAAGCUGAGGAAAGAAAGCUUGAAGAAACUUUGGAGUACCAAAGGCGAAUUGAGAAUGAGGCCAAACAAAAGCACCUUGCUGAGCAACACAAGAAGGCAUGUGGGAAAAUUUCAGAGGAUGUGGCAGAGGGUCUGCCUUGUGUUAACUUGAAGGUCAAUGCAGAUGAUAAGCUGGAUCUGUCAGGAGACAAGACUAUAAAUAAUAAGGAAGGGACUGUGGUGCCCAGCAAAUCCAUUGCUAAUUCUGGCCCCCCAAAGGUUAAGAGGACAAAUAUGUAUUCUUAUGGCCCAGUCAAGCAAGAUCCACCUAACCAAGGAAAUCCAGGAGAUGGUGUCUCUCCUUCUGAUCGACGGACAGGACGACAAUCAAAACGACAGAACAGCUUUACCAAAAACCCGCGAGCCUUGUCCUCUUCAAAGGAAGACCAUGAAGUAGGAGGUUCUCCAACAAAAGUUUCCACCAAAAGGCAAGCGAGGACUCAAGAGAACCUUCAAGUUGAUAACUGUAAGUACAUCUAUUGUAUUAUACUCAACUGCUCAUUACUGUGUUUUCCCUGGAUUUGAUUUUCGAAGAAAGAUAAGAAUUUUU